AUGUCCGGCCUGGACUCCCCCGACAUCUUGGACGCAUACAAGGCGGUUCGCGAAGACAAGGACGAGACCAACUGGCUCCUCAUCUCGGAUGCCUCUUCCAAGGGCGACAAGCUGGUACUGAGCAAGACGGGCACGGGUGGCCUGUCCGAGCUGGCAGUCGAGCUAGACGAGGAGCAGGUGCAAUACGCCUACAACACGAGGGCCAUGCGCAAGGCCCGUACCAGCAUCGAGGCCGGCGUCGUUAGCAAGGUGCUGUCGCACUACAGCGUGCAGGUCAAUGCCAGCGACAAGAGGGACUUGGAUGAGGCCGACAUCAUCGUCAGGUUACGCAAGGCGGGCGGGGCCGACUACAAUGGCGGGAGGGGGUGA